AUGGAUACUCGUAAUGACAAUUCAACAAAACACAUGAUGAUGUGGUUCUUCUUAGGGAUGCUGUUCUGUUUCAUGGUGGUUGAGUCAGAUGCUCAAUUGUCUGAGAAUUUCUACGCCUCGACAUGUCCUAACGUGGAGCUCAUCGUUGAGCAGGCAGUUGCUAAGAAAUACCAAAAAACUCACAUCACGGCUCCGGCAACUCUACGGUUGUUCUUCCACGAUUGCUUCGUUGGUGGAUGUGAUGCUUCUAUGUUGAUAACAUCUGAGACCGGAGACGCAGAGAGAGACGCGCCGGACAAUUUAUCCCUCGCCGGAGACGGAUACGACACGGUGGUUUUGGCUAAACUCGCUGUGGAAGCUCAAUGUCCCGGUGUUGUGUCAUGCGCGGAUAUUUUGGCUAUAGCCGCUAGAGACGUCGUGGGAUUCGCUGGUGGACCGGGGUUUAAGGUGGAGUUAGGGAGACGAGACGGGCUCGUGUCGAAAGCGUCUAGAGCGGAGGGGAAGUUACCUGGACCAGAACUCAACGUGAGUGACUUGGUCGAGAUGUUCGCUAGUAACGGGCUUUCGAUGACUGACAUGAUUGCUCUCUCAGGCGCGCACACAAUAGGAUUCUCUCAUUGUGACCGUUUCGCUAACCGUCUCUACAACUUCUCAACGUUCAUGCCCGUGGAUCCCACGCUAGACCUGGCCUACGCACAGCAGCUGAUGAAUUCUUGCCCUCGAGUCGGCUCGGACCCCAACGCGGCCUUACCCCUGGACCUGACCACCCCAGAGGUCUUCGACAAUAACUAUUUCAAAAACCUCGUGGCUCGGAAAGGACUUUUCACCUCUGACCAAGUUCUGUUUAACGAUUUCUCAACUCAGUCCACGGUGGUUAGGUUUGCGAACAACGCCGGGGAUUUCAAUGCCGCUUUCGUUUCAGCUAUGAGGAAGCUUGGCCGCGUCGGAAUCAAAGUUGGGAACGAAGGGGAGAUUCGAAGGGAUUGCACUGCUUUUAACUAA